AUGAGUUUGACUGAGGAAGAUUCUCAUCGUUUACAGCAAACUAGUCAUCCGAUAAAUGAACGUUCGAACUUAACUGAACAACAAUUAACUAAAUAUGAAGCAUGGAAAAAUCAAGCAGGAAUGGCCCAAAUAAAACUUGAAUUUAUUGAUUUUGAUCAUGAAGUUAAAUUAAGUAUGGAACAUUUAAGUGAAGCAGACAAGAAAUUAAUUGGCGAAACAAAAGAUGAGACAAAGAAUCCUGGUGAACCAAAGAAAAAGAAAUUUCGAGGUCAAAAUCAGAAACAUUUAGAAAUAAAUGCUCGAUCUUCAUCGAAUAUCAAUGAUCACCAAUUGUGUUAUUUCGUUGUACGAGGUGGUCUUGAGAAAUGUCCAUAUCAAUCAAACUGUAAACAUUCACAUGAUUUAACUAAUUACUUAUCCCGUCGAUCGGAAGAUCUUCGUCAAGGUUGUUAUAUGUUUGACGUAUACGGUCAAUGUCCAUAUGGUAUUCUCUGUCGUUUCAGUCAAUCUCAUAUAGAUCCAAUUACUGGUCAUAAUAUAAUUAACCCAGGUUCAAAUCAGAAGUAUUUAGAAGCAAUGAAUAAAUAUCCUGGUUUACUUAAACAUUUAUUACGAAGAAAAAAAUAUGAUUAUAACGUAGCUGAUCGUUUAGUUAAAAUGGCCAAUAAACAAAUUACAAAAGCUAAUAUUGCAAAACGGAAUAAUCCACCAGAAGUCGAAGAAAAACAUCAUGAUGAUACAGAUGUUGGAGAAAAAUAA